AUGGAAGUUGAUGGUAUCAUUCUCUCCUUUAACCCCUCUUUUAAAUGUAAAAAGAUGCUAUCAGGUGCUGCCCUCACAUUCAAAGAGGAGAAGAAAUUAAGCAGAUCCCAGCAGGAAGGAGCAGAUGCAGCCAAGGCUAAGACAGACUCUGCUGCAGCCCCACCAUCGGGUCCUGUUGCAGAGACGUUCCGAGUUAUUCAGGGGGCAGUGACUGAAGAGUACGUGAGAAGCACUCAGGGUGUCUUUCAGUUUGAGCUCUCUGGCGAUGGUGGAGGCACUUGGUAUAUUGACCUGAAGACCAAGGGUGGGAACGCUGGCUUCGGAAAGCCUCCUGUGACAGCUGAUGUGGUUAUGAGCAUGUCGAGCGCCGACUUUGUGAAGAUGUUCACAGAUUUUGAGGCACAUAAAAAUGAAGUGACUAAAAAACCUGACUGUUUUGCUGCUGUGAAUAACUGGAGAGAAAGGUACGGGGGUUUUGGGUGGUGAUGAAUGAAGAGAACGGCUCCAAGAUGUGCAUAAGAGAGACGCGAUCUGCAGGCCGCUGACAUUCGUGAGCAGGACAGAUGGCUCGUCGUACUGCGAAGGAAAUGGCAGUCUUCCUUUCCGCCGGUUCAGCAGCUGCAGGUCCUGGCCGGAGCCUGGAGCCGGCGAUGCCAGCAGAGGGAGCAGGCAGCAGGCCGCAGCGGCGCUGCCAAGCCUGCCCUGCUGCCCGGCCUGCGGCAUGCUUGCUUAGGGGCUAGACUCGCCAAAGUGCUCCAAGACCCUUUUCUGCUUAAAGCACGGGGCAAAUAUGGGAUAGGGUGAGAUAAGCGGAUUUGCAGCAAUUAAAAAUCUGUCUGUGCCUUGCA